ACCGCCAAUUUGGCCAGGCUGAAAUUUUAAGGAUGAGAUGUUUAAUACUCCAUAUCUUCUUCACCAUGGCUAGUUUAAACCUGUUAAUUAAUUGCCUAGACUUAUAUAACCUGUACAGUACUGGCAAAUGCCUGGACAUCGACCCAUCCCAGAAACGACACACUAAGCCACAUCAGGAGGUCCCCUCACCAUUGAGCCCGCAAUAAUAAAUCCACCGCUACAUCAACAAACUACUAGUUACGCUCCUUCAUUAGGAGACCAUUAUUUCAACCUUCUCUUCCUUCUCGACAUUCUUCCUCUUUUCUUAUUUCUGCUGUUUGCCUGUCAUUCUUCAACUCCCUUCUCUCCCUCUUCCCCCAUCUCCGACCAAGUUCAUCUCUCUAUCUAUCUCUCUAUACUCUCCAAUCCCUCCUCUCCGCCCCCCCCAAAAUUGUCAGUGACGAUUACCCCGCCAAAUAAAUCAAGAAAAACAAAAAGCACCAUCACAAUGGCCGACAAUACGGAUGAUCUCGUUGCUUCCAAGACCGAGGGAUUCAGGAUCGGAGAAAAAAAGACUAUUUCUGAAUAUACGCAACUUGACGCAAACGAUGAGUCCCUGAACCGCUGGAAGGCCUCCCUGGGUCUCAACGCCGGCGAACCCAUCGGAGACCCCAGUGAUCCCAGAAAGUGCAUCAUCAAGUCUCUGACGCUCCAGGUCGAAGGGCGCUCCGAUGUUGUAGUCGACCUCUCCGGAGCAGGUGCAGUCGAGCAUCUGAAGGAGAAGCCAUUCACAAUCAAGGAGGGCGCUACUUUCCGGAUCAAGGUUGCGUUCGAAGUCCACCACGAGGUCCUGAGUGGCCUGAAGUAUCUGCAGGUCGUCAGGCGUAAGGGUAUCCGUGUUAGCAAAGAUGAGGAGAUGUUGGGAAGCUAUGCUCCAAAUACCACUGAGAAGCGGUUAUAUGAGAAGCAAUUCCAUCCCGAAGAAGCUCCCUCCGGAAUGCUUGCCCGUGGCAGUUACAAUGCGGUUUCCAAGUUCAUCGAUGACGAUGACCAUACCCAUCUCAUGUUCGAAUGGUCGUUUGUCAUUGCAAAGGAUUGGUAAAUUUGAACGGCUUCUGAACAAGAAUGAACAUUUAACGACCAGCAUAUAUUCUCCAAAUCUAUAAGCGUUAAACAAGUACCUUUCUUGGAAUUCCCUUGUUUUUUUUUUUUUUUGUUGGGCCGGUUCCAAAAUUGGUCCCAGUAUAAUCGAUUGCAGUUAAGGAAUCUGGCGAUGAUUUGCUUUAUGAAAGCAAUCCCGGCCAUCCAUGGAUUUAAUUCACCCCAUCCUUCUUUAUUUAUUCUUCAUUCACUCAAUACUAUCUAUAAAUCGUCUGUCAUUUGCCAAACU